UGGAAACGAAAGCAAACGCAAUCUACUCUUUCCGCGUUUUCACAAGCCUGCUCCUGAAGCUGCUGCCGCUGACGCUGCAGCUGCAGCUGAUAACACGAAGUUACAGAAACUACAGAAAACGAACCCAAUGCUGUCCUAACGGUCCCUGCUAAUAGCUGAAUCCACAAGGAGUUAAAGCCAGCGUGCCAAGUGAAGACAAACUGAUGUCACAGAAAAGAAAGGAACUACAGGAGGCCUUGUGCCGCUACACCACAGAUACACUCACCUAUAUUGACACAGUAAGAGGAUUCUGUGAAGGGAUCUCUACAUGGAUCCUUGCGAGGGAGAUAGAAAUGAUCUGUAUGGUGGACAUCAAAGACAGAGCUAUGAGCAAAGGGAAGGCCUUUCUGGAGCUGGAGAAAGAGCUGGCUGCUGUGGUGAAGUACACUCUGGGAGGCCUGAAGGAGCUGGACUGCUUCCUGGAUGCAGUGGAGAAGCUUGCGGUCACCUCACUUCAUGUGUUCAAGAAGGAGAACCAAGUGUUACACCUGCCCCAAGGGAUCAGCUGUGAACAGGUUCAGGUUGUCAUCAUUGCUGCACAGCAAAUCUGCCCACAACUCCUCGAGUUUAAAAGAGAUGCAAGUGUCUUCUUCUGUCCCAAACUUCAGAAUGUGGAAGUGCUGUCCUACCAACUGGACAAAUACAUUCAGACCACCCAGAAAAUCUGUGACAAGUUAGAGAAAAGCUCCUUCAGUGAGUUUAGCCUGAAGAUGACUGCUGAAACUCGGGUAGACAUUGAUGUGAAUUUGUCUGAAGAUGACAUGAAGAGAAUGCUUUGUCACAUUACUCAGCUUGAUGAAAUCCGGAUGAACCAGGACUUCCGGAUGGUGUUCUUGUUUCAGGAGGAAUCAUGUUCUGGCUUCAUCAGUGAGUUCCGCAAGCGACAGCCCGGGAUGCUGCAGUUUCUCAAUGAGCUGGAGGAGAAUGCUGUUCAGCUAGACAGGAUGAAUAAGGGGGCAAAGAUCUCCAGUGUGGCAGGCAGCUCAGUGGGGGCAGUUGGAGGUGUGUUUUCCAUCAUUGGUUUGGCAUUAAGUCCAGUAACAGCUGGAGUGUCUCUAGCUCUGACAAUGACUGGGGUAGGGAUGGGAAUUACCAGUGGGGUCAACAGUCUUGUCACCACAGCCACAGAGAUCGGAGUAAACUAUACACAAAAAAACAAAGCCAACGUAGCCUUCCAGAGCUUCAUGAAGGAUGUGCAGAGUCUGCAGGAUUGUCUGGAGAAGGUGAGCAGUCAAACUGUCAGCACAAUAGAAACAAGUAAGAUGGAUGUGGCUGUGGAAGUAGGCAAGGUCCUUGGUAAAGCUGGUGCUGUUGGAAAAGGGAUUGAUUCGUUUGUUGAUGCUGCCUCUGCUUUUAAGUUGUUGAAAAGCGAAGAGCUGAUUGCAGGUGCUGGAAAGGUGGUGGCCCAGGAAGGUAAAGCCUUACGUAACGUUCCCAGGGUGGCCUCAGAAGUCCCAGAUAUCGGUCAGGCAGCAGUCAAAGGGCCUCUUGCCCUCUCCAAAUCAUCCAGGGGUCUUUUCAUCGCAGCCAAUGCUCUUUUCCUUGGUCUGGAUAUCUUCUUCAUCUGUAAAGACAGCAUCAGUCUGGCCAAAGGCAGCGAGACUGAAGUCUCAAAGUUCAUCAGAGCCAGAGCUGAACUUUGGCGAUCAGAGAUGGACUCGUGGCAGAAGAUCCAUGACUCCCUGUGCAAAGGUCUGAAGACCUCAGAGAAAAACAGAGCUGUCCUGGAGACGCCAUUUUAUCCAGAGAUGCAGCUGAAGAAACACUCUCACUGGCCACUUUAUUAGGUACACCUUUGGUGUACUGAUUUGGAUCACCUUUUACCUUCAGAACUGCCUUAAUUCUUCGAGGCAUAUUUCAGCAAGGUUUUGGAAACAUUCUUCAGAGAAGUUGGUCCAUAUUGACGUGUUGUCCAUUCAGAGAUGGUAUUCUGCAUACCUUGGUUGUAACGAGUGGUUAUUUGAGUUACUGUU